CUGCUUGAGUUUGUGUGCGUUCUCUUCAGCUUCCUCGGUUCAAAAACUGUUGGCUUCCUUAAACCUGUCUCAACAAGUCAUUCCAGGUUUGGAAUGAUUGUAACUGGCUACCCUCCUUAUCAGUACGGUGAGGAGUUGACAUUCCUACAUGUUGAUGAAGCGUAGAUGCAGGUACCUCCCACUUCUGUUCCACAGCAAAUCCUGAUGAUGAGGCUAAAACCUGGAAGGCAGGUUCAACAGUCACAAGGUGUCCGCUUCUCUGCAGCCAUGACUGAACUCUUUAACAAAGCAGUAGAGGAGGUGAAGGUGCUGAAAACACGACCCAACAGCAGAGAAUUGACUGCACUCUAUGGUUUAUACAAGCAGGCCACGGUUGGGGAUGUUGAUACAGAACGUCCAGGGAUACUCGACCUCCAGGGAAAAGUGAAAUGGGAUGCGUGGAAUGCAAACAAAGGUCUGUCCAAGGAUGAAGCCAUGGCUGCCUAUGUUGUUUUGGUGGAGAAGCUGAAGGCACAAUAUGGAAUGUAGAAUCAUUUCUGUACUGUGAUCUUCCACCCUGACACAUUUGGAAAGAUUAUGUUUACAAUUGCACACGCAAGUUGAAGCAACAAUGGAGUCUCUAAAGUGCCACAAGUCUUACAAGACAAUUUCCAUUUUCUGGGCAGUUUGAGGUUUGAGCCUCAAUUAGUUCACUUUACAUGCUUAAAAAUCUGUUUUGAAAUGAAACUUCAACUUGGAGGUCAACCAGCGUCGUAAUGCUGCUUGCCAGUCCUUAUGAGCAAUGCUCACCAAUUGUAACAUGAUUUUUAAAAUAAAAUGAAACUUUGAUGUUUCUUGUCAGCC